AUGCACGCCCAGAGAUUCAGAAAUACUUCUAUUAUUAAUAAUUAUAGUCGAUUGAUAUUAAAUACAUUCCUAAAUAAUAUCAAUUAUAAUAACGUACACUCACUACCAUGCAAUAAUGACGCGCAACUACUUGCAAAUCGAUCAAGAAGACAUGGCAGAAGAGUUCAAAUUCUAACAGGAAAAAAUUUAAUGAAACGUAAUGUCGUCCGUGAAGCUCACAGAUUAAACAUAUUUAAUCGACAUUUAAUCAAUCUGGCAGCGGAUACCAUUUGGAAUUUACGCUUAACACCUUUUCAAAGGGGUCGAUUUAUAAUUCUAGCAACUAGCGCGAAUAUUAUUAAUCAAUUCCCCAUUUCACAAACUCGUUUGAUACAACAUAAUCCUAAUACUAUCGAUCAAAUAAAUACACAUCGAGAUACCAACGAUCUUGAGCAAAGUAUUUUCAAUGGAACCGACUUUAACGACGACGAUAGCUUUGAUUCUUUAAUUCUACCUGCUGGAAGCUUUUUUGGAUCUUCCAAUUUCCCUUAA